AAGAGACUGCCAUGCGAUUCAAGCGGUGAAUGGCCUGUUGGUUUACUUCGAGGAUUUGGGGCUGAAUUGACUAACAAAUAACUACACGUCUAUGUGAAAACCACGAGGAAUAGAACUGUACGUGGUUGUGGAUGUAACUGUUGCACUUUAAAUACAGACAUGAACCACUGAAGCCGGAGACGGACAAAGGACUGCAAUAAGCUCACGCGAAGAGCUCUAUUCCCCCCACCACCAAAGGUUCUCAAUCAUGACACCCAAAUGGCUGGUGAUAUUUUUCCUUUUUUUACACUCUGGCUCCAACAAUGCGUUCCCCAUGACCCCGACCAAGCCUCAACCCGAGACGGGCACCUACAAGGUCUCGGACACCAGCCUCACCCACCUCACGGUACACAGCCGAACGGGAGACGUCUACGUGGGAGCAGUGAACCGGGUUUACAAGCUGUCCGACAACCUGACGGAGCUGCGUUCACACAUGACCGGCCCCGUGGAGGACAACGCCAAAUGUUACCCCCCUCCCAGCGUUCGAUCCUGCGCGCAUAAACUGGAGUCCUCCGACAACGUCAACAAGUUGCUGCUGGUCGAUUACGCCGGCAACCGCCUGGUGGCGUGCGGCAGCAUCUGGCAGGGCGUUUGUCAGUUCCUGCGUCUAGAGGACCUCUUCAAGCUGGGAGAGCCCCACCACCGCAAGGAGCACUACCUCUCUGGUGCCCGGGAGGCUGACGGCAUGGCAGGAGUGGUGGUAGAGAGAACAGAAGGGAAGUGGAAGAACGAGAAGGGGGGCAGCCGGCUGUUCAUCGGCGCAGCCAUUGACGGCAAGUCCGAGUAUUUUCCCACCCUGUCCAGCCGUAAGCUGGUUGCUGAUGAAGAGAGCGUCAACAUGUUCAGUCUGGUAUACCAGGACGAGUUUGUGUCCUCACAAAUAAAGAUACCCUCCGAUACGCUGUCCCUCUACCCGGCCUUUGACAUCUACUACGUGUAUGGGUUCUCCAGCCGCACCUACAUCUACUUCCUCACGUUGCAACUGGACACGCAGCUCACCCAGAUGGACGCCACCGGUGAGAAGUUCUUCACCUCCAAGAUAGUGCGGAUGUGUUCCAAUGACACCGAGUUCUACUCUUAUGUGGAGUUCCCUCUGGGCUGCACCAAAGAUGGGGUGGAGUACCGGUUGGUCCAGUCCGCUUACAAGCACCGUCCAGGUCGGAUGCUGGCCCAGGCCUUGGGGCUGUCUGAGGACGAGGACGUGCUGUUUGUGGUGUUCUCCCAGGGCCAGAAGAACCGCGCCAACCCCCCCCAGGAAACUGUGCUGUGUCUCUUUACCCUGCAUCAGAUCAACCUGGCCAUGAGGGAGAGGAUCAAGUCGUGUUACCGCGGGGAGGGCAAGCUGUCCCUGCCCUGGCUGCUCAACAAGGAGCUCCCCUGCAUCAACACGCCAAAGCAGAUCGGCGAUGACUUCUGCGGACUGGUGUUGAACCAGCCUCUCGGCGGUCUCCGGGUGAUUGAGGGGAUCCCUCUGUAUGACGACCGCGCAGACGGCAUGGGAGCGGUAGCAGCCUAUACCUACGGAGACCACUCCGUGGUGUUUGUGGGUACCCGCAGCGGACACCUGAAAAAGAUCCGAGUGGACGGCAUACCUCCCCCAUCUCAGAGUGCUUUGCUGUAUGAGACUGUUACAGUGGUUGAAGGGAAGCCUAUUCUGCGUGACAUGGUCUUUAGCCCUGACUAUCAAUACAUUUACCUUCUGAGUGACAAACAGGUGACCAGGCUACCUGUGGAGAGCUGUGGCCAAUACACUACCUGCAAGACCUGUCUAGGCUCUGGAGACCCCCACUGUGGAUGGUGUGUCCUUCACAACAAGUGUUCGAGACAGGAAGCUUGUGAGAAGUGGGCAGAGCCACAGCAUUUUAACACGGAGCUCGACCUGUGUGUGGACGUUAGUGUCACACCUAACAACAUGUCUGUGACCUCUUCUUCGACUCAGCUGAGUGUGAAAGUGGUCAACGUGCCCAGCCUGUCAGCCGGGGUGAUGUGUGUGUUUGAGGAGUUGACAGAGAGCCCAGGGGAGGUGCUGGCCAAGGGACAGGUGCUGUGUAUGUCUCCGUCCCUCAGAGAUGUGCCCUCCCUCACACAGGGAUACGGUGACAAGCGAUUGGUCAAGCUCUCCCUGAAGUCCAAGGAGACAGGGCACAAAUUCAUCACCACUGACUUCAUCUUCUACAACUGCAGUGUGCUACAGUCGUGCACCUCCUGUGUGAGCAGCCCCUUCCCAUGCAACUGGUGUAAAUACCGUCACAUCUGCACCAACAACCUGGCUGAGUGCUCCUUCCAGGAGGGACGCGUAAGCAGCGUGGAGGGAUGUCCCCAGAUUCUGCCCACCAGUGACAUCCUGGUUCCUGCAGGGAUCAUUCGUCCAAUCACAUUGCGAGCUCGGAACCUCCCUCAGCCCCAGUCUGGACAAAAGAAUUAUGAGUGUGUGUUCAGUAUCCAGGGCAAAGUGCAGCGCAUCCCCGCUGUCCGCUUCAACAGCUCCUGUAUCCAGUGUCAGAACACCUCGUAUUGGUAUGACGGGGACGAGACUGGAGACCUGCCAGUGGACUUUUCCAUCGUCUGGGAUGGAGACUUCUUCAUUGAUAAGCCUGCCAGCAUGAAAGCCCUGCUGUAUAAGUGCGAGGCCCAGAGGGACAGCUGUGGCCUCUGUUUGAAGGCCAGCACGGCGUUUGAUUGUGGCUGGUGCCUGGACAACAGGAAGUGUCUUCUGAAGCAGCACUGCCAGAGUCCGGAGCAGAACUGGAUGCACCACGGCAGACACAGCGUCCGCUGCAGCCACCCCCGAAUCACCAAGAUCCGCCCGAUGACGGGGCCCAAAGAGGGGGGCACGCGGGUGACCAUCGAGGGGGAGAACCUGGGUCUGCAGGUGCGGGAGAUCGCCCACGUCCAGGUGGCCGGGGUCCGCUGUAACCCGGUGCCCUCGGAGUACAUCAGCGCCGAGAGGAUCGUAUGUGACAUGGCGGAGGCCCUGCUGCCUCACUCUCCAGGCGGCCCGGUGGAGCUGUGCAUCGGGGUCUGCAGUGCAGAGUACCGCACCCAAUCCUCCCAGACCUACUCCUUUGUGACCCCCAGCUUCAACCGCGUGCGUCCAGAGAAAGGCCCCGUGUCUGGGGGGACCCGGCUAACAAUAUCAGGCCGUCACCUGGAUGCCGGGAGCACCGUCACUGUGUACAUCGCUCAGGAGGAGUGUCUGUUUGUUAAGAGGACCAACAGGGACAUUGUGUGUGUCACACCGGCGUCUCUGACUGGCUCAGGGCCGGCGUCAAUCAAGCUGUUCAUUGACAAAGCCGAGGUCACCAGCGGUGACACGCGCUACAUCUACACCGAGGACCCCACCAUCUCUAACGUCGAACCCAACUGGAGCAUAGUCAAUGGUAGCACCUUGAUCACCGUCUCCGGAACCAACCUGCUCACCAUCCAGGAACCCAAAGUCCGUGCCAAGUAUGGAGGAAUAGAGACUACUAAUGUUUGCAAUGUGGUGAAUGACUCUGUUAUGACCUGUCUGGCCCCGGGAAUCAUCUACACCAAGCACCAGGCCCCUGAGUCCGGCCUGCACCCCGACGAGUACGGCUUCAUCCUGGAUAACGUGGCUGCGCUGCUGGUGCUCAAUGGGACACCUUUCACCUACUACCCCAACCCCACCUUCGAAACACUAGGGAACUCUGGGAUACUGGAGGUCAAGCCUGGCUCUCCCAUUAUCCUCAAAGGCAAGAAUUUGGUUCCCCCUGCUCCGGGCAACAUCCGCCUAAAUUACAGCGUGAUGAUUGGUGAAAUGCCCUGUCUGUUAACAGUGUCUGAGUCUCAGCUGCUCUGCGAUUCGCCAGACCUGACUGGGGAACAGAGAGUCAUGAUUGUGGUGGGUGGUCUCGAGUACUCCCCAGGGACCCUGCACAUCUACUCUGACAGCACCCUCACGCUGCCGGCCAUCAUCGGCAUUGGGGCCGGAGGAGGGGUGCUGCUCAUCGCCAUCAUCGCCGUGCUCAUCGCCUACAAGAGAAAGACCCGGGACGCCGACCGCACCCUGAAACGCCUGCAGCUGCAGAUGGACAACCUGGAGUCCCGGGUGGCCCUGGAGUGUAAAGAAGCUUUUGCAGAGCUGCAGACAGACAUCCAAGAGCUGACCAAUGACAUGGACGGAGUGAAGAUUCCAUUCCUGGAGUAUCGGACCUACACCAUGAGAGUCAUGUUCCCAGGCAUCGAGGAGCAUCCCGUCCUCAAGGAGCUGGAUGUAAGUUCCCCGGCCAAUGUGGAGAAAGCCUUGCGUCUGUUCAGCCAGCUGCUGCACAACAAGAUGUUCCUACUGACCUUCAUCCACACCCUGGAGGCCCAGAGGUCCUUCUCCAUGCGGGACCGGGGCAACGUGGCCUCUCUCCUCAUGGCUGCGCUGCAGGGCCGUAUGGAGUACGCAACUGUGGUGCUCAAACAGCUGCUGGCAGACCUCAUCGAGAAGAACCUUGAGAACCGCAACCAUCCCAAACUGCUGCUCCGACGGACUGAGUCCGUAGCGGAGAAGAUGCUCACCAACUGGUUUACGUUCCUUCUGCAUCGAUUCCUCAAGGAGUGUGCAGGCGAGCCCCUGUUCAUGCUGUAUUGUGCCAUCAAGCAGCAGAUGGAGAAGGGGCCCAUAGACGCCAUCACAGGAGAGGCUCGCUACUCCCUGAGUGAGGACAAGCUCAUCCGCCAGCAGAUUGACUACAAACAGCUGACUCUGAUGUGUAUCCCACCGGAGGGCGAGGCUGGAACGGAGGUCCCGGUGAAGGUGCUGAAUUGUGACACGGUCACUCAAGUCAAGGACAAGCUUUUGGACGCUGUGUACAAAGGCAUCCCCUACUCACAGAGACCCCAGGCUGAUGACAUGGACCUAGAGUGGCGACAAGGUAGACUGACAAGAAUUAUACUUCAAGAUGAGGACGUCACCACUAAGAUCGAAAGUGACUGGAAGAGAUUAAACUCUCUGGCCCAUUACCAGGUGACAGAUGGCUCUUUGGUAGCUCUGGUCCAAAAACAGGUGUCUGCCUACAACAUUGCCAACUCCUUCACAUUCACCCGAUCUCUUAGCCGCUACGAGAGCCUCCUUAGGACAUCCAGCAGCCCAGACAGCCUACGAUCCCGGGCCCCCAUGAUCACCCCUGACCAGGAGACGGGCACCAAGCUCUGGCACCUGGUCAAGAACCAUGAGCAUGCUGACCAACGGGAGGGCGACCGCGGCAGCAAGAUGGUGUCAGAGAUCUAUCUCACCCGCCUACUGGCCACCAAGGGAACUCUGCAGAAGUUUGUAGAUGACUUGUUUGAGACGGUGUUCAGCACCGCCCAUCGCGGCAGUGCCCUCCCGCUGGCCAUCAAGUACAUGUUUGACUUCCUGGACGAGCAGGCCGACAGGAGGCAGAUAACUGACCCGGAUGUCCGCCACACCUGGAAGAGUAACUGUCUGCCACUGCGUUUCUGGGUGAACGUGAUCAAGAACCCCCAGUUUGUGUUUGACAUCCAUAAGAGCAGCAUCACAGACGCCUGUCUGUCCGUGGUGGCCCAGACCUUCAUGGACUCCUGUUCUACCUCAGAGCACCGCCUGGGCAAGGACUCACCCUCCAACAAGCUACUCUACGCUAAAGACAUCCCCAACUACAAGAGCUGGGUGGAGAGGUAUUACAGAGAUAUCAGUAAGAUGCCCACCAUCAGUGACCAGGACAUGGAUGCCUAUUUGGUGGAACAGUCUCGUCUCCAUGGCACUGAGUUUAACACUCUCAGUGCUCUCAGUGAGCUCUACUUCUACAUCAACAAAUACAAAGAAGAGAUUCUGACAGCGCUGGACAGAGAUGGGUACUGCCGCAAACACAAGCUGCGACACAAACUGGAACAAGCCAUUAACCUGAUGUCAGGCAGCAGUUGAGGGAAGAGGAUGGAACAGGGCAGGGGUCGGGAGAAGGGGGGGGGGGGGACCGAGGGUUUGGUUGAACUGAUUAACGGACCUGUGUUGGAACACCCACAGCUUGUGCUAAUACAAAGGGGGACGUAAGACACUGGACAAUCAACAAAACAAACCACAGCACAUUGAGCCCAAUGUCUACAGACCAGAUCCUGUGCCCAAUAUCCUCACUCCCUCAAACCUCUUCCUGCCAUUGCCAGUGAGACAUCCUAAGUUGUUGUUUUUUCUCCACACUGGCCUUUUCAAUGACAGACUCUUUAGUGACUGCCUAAUCUAAUGGAAGAUGACUAUUAUGGAAACUACGAGAUACAUUCCAAUAGAGGCGUACAGUAAGUUGCCUUGGAAACUGUGCUGAAUUGCCAAGCUAGUGCCAUGGGAAGAGUAGCUUUUGGUCUGGGAUAAUAAUUUUACAAAAUGCUGAGGUGUACCAUUUAGGUGUGAACUGUGGAUUUUAUCUUGAAAUGUAUGGGUCUUACCACAUGUAGGGUAAGAUAAAAUGAAUAGGCCAUAACCUCUGGCCGUAAAGGAAAGCCUUUUGGCUCUGUUUUGUUGUGUUAAGGUUGAAGGUUCAAUGCCAGAGCGUGAAGGAGGCAGUGUAUGGACGAAAGAGACCAAACUCUGGAAACACCAGAGGCCUAAUUAAGUGACAGAAAUUGAAGGGAGUGAUGGGACUGGGCUGAGGGGGGCCAACCCCCUUGUCUCUCAAAUGCCAUAGCUACAAAGCGCCUUUUUCUUUUUCUUCUUUUUCGUUCUUGAAAUUCGGGGCCAAAUGGACCUUUGCUGAUGGAGAGGUGAGGCUCCGCUCAGAGUCCAGAGUUUUAAUGCUUGCCUUUGUGUUGCAUUCAAGCAGGAAGGGACACCCUCUCCUCAUGAACGUUCCGCCCCUACUGUAACUGUCCAGCUAAUUGUACUAAAAUCUCUGUGUCAGUCUGCACCACUGUGAAUCUGAUCUGUCAGGAUCCAAGGGAUUCCCAUCAAGAGCCCAGGGCUACCCCUGUCGUGGAAACAACCGUUUUUACCCGUAUCAAGCAUCCUAAAUGGAAUCGAUCUGUCAAGAGCAAUAAGUCUAGUUCUAAAACAGCAAGCCAUGUUUCAUUAGAUUACCCUAAACCAACAGAUCUGUCCAAUGCUCUCUUUCCUGUGAUAGUCAUUCUAUGUUGUCAUUAUUCUGUUCCAGAUUUCUUGCCAUAUUGCAAAUGACAGCUUGAACAAAAUGUGUAACACAACACCAAGCACAACAGACAAGGGACAACAGUAUUCAUAGGCCUUUUUUUAUACUGCAACAGAAUGCUAUCUAAAUACAUGCAUAUGUGGCUAUGAGUUCACUUCUGUGGUAGUUAAUGCAGAAAAUUGCUCUAUCUUAUGCCUAGGUUUCUAUUACCAUACUAAGCACUGCUCUGAAGAUGACAGAGGUUACAUUGUUGAAUACUGAUUACCAACCCAGGAGACCUUAGUCCUUAAAUGUGUUUACCUUGGGGUCCCUGGGAGCCAGCGGCAGCAGUAUGUUCUGAUCAGCUGGUAAAUUUCAUUGCUCUGUGUUGACUCCUUCCACGACAGACAGUAGCAGCUCUGGGUGUUUCAGUGGUGGUACAGCAGCUCACUGUACACUCUCCCUGGUUCCCUCAUCAUAUUCCUCUGCUGGGAGGAAAUGCAGUCUGCUGGUUUUCAACCUGAAUAUUAUAUGAAUACAUUUACAUGGUGGGUCUGAGUUCAGCCCCAUCCAAUGAUGAAGUAUUUAUUGUUUUGCCUUUAUUUAUUUCAUAUUUAUUUUAGAAUGUAAACUCUUGUUUUGUACAGUGAUAGCGGCCGAGCACCUGAACACAGUUGGUUUGCUCAGUACCACAAAUUGAUUCCCUAACGUGGAAUAUUCUUUUUGAUGCAAAUUCACUCACAGGACUGGGUUCAUUUAAUAUACUGACACAAUUCAGAAAAUACCAGGUUUUCUUCCCAUUUAUUAUCCAACUCCAAAGUAAACCUUCAAUGGCCAAGUCAAGUGUUUGUUGAGCAGUGAAGAAUGUAGACUGACCAAAGGAGACACAGAGAAUAAUCACACGAUCACUCUCUUGUCUUUGGGUUCAAUAAGCUUGACCCAGCUUACACAAUACAUGUUAACCAUAUAUUAGGAAAAAUAUAACUUCAGGUACAGACAUAUAUUAAAAAAUAUUCUUCAUUGAAUAGGAUAAAGCCUCAAAGUACAAUGUUCUCCCUUAACUAAUAUUAGAUAAACAUGUAUUUCCACUACACUAGCCAGAUGUUUGUGGUAGUCCUGGUCCAAAAUAAAAGGCUUCAGUUUAAUUAACUGUUAUUUUUAUCCAUCAAUCCAUCCAUUCUCAGAGAGGAAAUAAAUUAGAUUGUUAGUAAAUUGAACCAAUCCGUUCAUCUAUCAGUGUACAGGUCUCAACCCUCUAGAUGCUGGGUGUUUCUGUCUGGGUUUGGACCUUUAACACUGUGAUGCUCUGUUGAGAUGUAAAUGAAAUGGAUCUGAAACAAACUAAUUACUGUGGAGUAAUUAGACUUGCUUAUCAGCCCAGAAACAAAAGAGCCAUUAUUAUAUAUUUUCAUAACCCAUCACACAUUUCAUUAAAUCCACACCAGGAGAGAGAGAAUCAUUUCUCUACAUGGAAGAUGCACAUUGUCGAUAAGCACCAAAUCAAUUUAGAAAUUGGCCUUGGAACUCCGGAGGAAAUACAUUUCCAAAUAAAACUGGAGCUCAUUAGCAUGUUAAGAGCUGCAGGAGAAUAAUUAAGGAGAAUAGGUUUCAACAUGCUGGUGUUUUUUUGGGGCAAAGAAAUGGGGUCAGAGUAUGUGGAUGUAGGUCUGUGGUGGUUUCAUCGUCCACUGUGUGCGAAGAUCACUGCCAGCUUGCCAGAGCUGGUAUGUCAGAAUUGUAGGUGUUUCACAGAUAUCAGAGCUCUGCUUGAGCCACUUUACAAAAUGACAUUUGAUCACAAAUCAAUCAGUAAUUGGAAGAAUUUUUUUUAAUUGUACCUCCUGGUUAACACCAUCUCAUAGGGUUUACAUUUUUACCCAUAAGUCAACAGUUCAGAUAAUAAUAAGUGCAACAAUGUAUCGUUGUUUUUGGAUGAAAUCUAUAUCAUAUCCAAAGUACAGUUUGGCUGUCUGCAAUACAUCAUGUAAACUAGUGAAGGGCCAGGUGAUUGGGCUGUAGUACUCAGAGUCACUGCAGAUACGUCCGUAUGUCUGGUUUUGUAAUGUUGUAUAAAUGGCAACAUAAAAAAGCAACUGUAACAUGUAAGGAAGAAAAGAGUGAGUGCAAACUUGUGGUGUUUCUAAAUAGAUACUGUAGAAGCAAUGUCAGUUUUAGAUCCAUAACUACAUUUUAGUCAGUGUUCUAGUAAGAAAAAAAAAGAAAAGAAAAAAACAUUUGUCUCAGAUAAAUUUAUUUGUUGGUUUUGUCUGUUUAUCCCAAAUGUUUUAAUCGAUUUAACGUGACAAACUUGUUUACAGCUUCAAAGAUAUAUGGAAUUUAUUAACUUUGUCUGGAAAGAAAGUAGCUUUGUGACUGACUGACUCACUCACUCACUGACUGACUGACGGAUGGAUGAUUGAUCUGCCUAGUCCUUAAUUAUAUAUAAAUAUAUAAAUAUAUUUUGUAUAAUUAUUUGUUUAAAAUGUUUCUUUUUAAAUUAUUGUUUUUGUUUUUAUAUUUGCUUUCGUUAGUUUGAAGGAGUCGUAGUAAUGAAUCCUUUAAAACGCUGGCUGCAAUGAAGUGUUUUGUAUAUAUUUGCACUUUUUUUUACUCAGUCAGAGAGGUUUUUGAAAGAUUGGAUUCUAUCUUAAUGUUGAAAUGACAAGCAUGGUGUUUUGUUUUGCUAAUUAAAAUAUGUGGAUGAUGCUGUAUGUUCUUGAAUGUUUUAUUUGUGUACUAUCCUCAAGAAUAAUUUUCUCUGAACAACUAAAUGUUUGAACUCUAAUAAAGGCAAGUGUUUUAGUAAAAUAUCCACAAAGAUUAUCCAAAGUGGACCAUGUA